AAGGAACGGACCAAUAGUUGUUAUUGCGGGACGCAGUGGAACGAACCUUUUCAGCCGCACUCACCUCUUGCACGCGGUAUCUGUCACGAAAAUCCCCCACAAUGGCUCUAGAACUGGCACAAGAAAACAUCUGGUUUGACAAGUGGCGUGUUGAUGAUGCAGAACGCGAGUUCUAUGAGAACAAGUCCAUGCCAAACUACAGUCAAAAGCAGGUGUGUGAAAGUAUCAAGAUGGAAGAGGCACCCUCUGCAGAUGUUUCUCAAGUCUCUGAAAAGUCUGAAAACUUGAAGAGCAGCCAAAUAGAGCAGCAAGAGGAGGGAGGUUCAGCCCUAGGAACCCUGGCCAGUCAGAUUGCCAAGGCACGACAGGAAAUACAGAAUUCCUUAGCCUCUGGAAGUCGUGGGGGAUCCGGUUCAGGGGUGAGUCCAGACAUCCUCAACAGGAUCACCAAGUUGGAGGGAGAGAAUUGCACUCUGAAGAAAACUGUGUCGACCUUAGAGCAGACCAUUCUGGACCUCACCAAAAGGUUAGCAGCCUUGGAAUGUGGUGGCAAGACCACUACAGCCCCAGCCAAGAGCAAGCCAGAGCCCAUGGAAACUGAGGAAGAUGAUGAUGAUGAAGUUGAUCUCUUUGGCUCAGAUGAUGAAGAGGAGGAGAGUGCAGAAGCUGCCCGCAUAAGGGAGGAACGUCUUAAGGCUUAUGCGGAUAAAAAAUCAAAGAAGCCUGGUCCUAUUGCCAAGUCUUCAGUACUCCUUGAUGUAAAACCGUGGGAUGAUGAGACAGAUAUGAAGGUCAUGGAGACAGAAGUACGUAAGAUUGAGAUGGAUGGACUCUUGUGGGGUGCUGCUCAGUUGAAGCCAUUGGCUUUUGGUAUCCAGAAACUCUCAAUUUUGUGUACAGUUGAAGAUGAAAAGGUUUCCAUUGAUGACCUUUGUGAGAAGAUUCAAGAAAUUGAAGAUUAUGUGCAAAGUGUAGAUGUUGCUGCUUUCAAUAAGAUCUAAUUGCCAUUCAUUCCAGGGUUAAUACAGAAAUAAACAGGAGUUUAAAA